AUGCCUUUUCUGGACUGGUUCCUCUACCACUCAGUUGCCAUGUGGCUGCUCCUCCAGAGUUUUGUUCUGAUGGCCUUUUGUUUCCACUCAGCCACCACUUUUCCCAAGGGGUGUUACCCCUCCACAGAAGAUGGCUUCAAAACGUUCCGCUGCAGCAAAGCUCAACUUACAGUUAUCCCAAAAGAUAUACCCAAUGAUACCAACAAGUUAUACUUGGAUUAUAACCAGAUUUCUUUCCUGCCCAAUGACGCCUUCCAACAUUUGCCACUUCUAGUAGAACUAGACUUGUCCCACAAUGUCAUAAGUCGCAUGGAAGUCGGAGUCUUUAGGGGCUUGUCAGAGAACCUGCAUUCACUGGACUUGUCUUCUAACAAGCUAGUGUCAAUCAAUAAAGAUGUCUUCAGUGCACUAAAAGCCAAAGCCAACUUAUCCAACAAUCCUUGGCUCUGUGACUGCACACUCCAGCAGCUCGUUGAGAGAGUAGAGCUGGUUGCUGGUACCUCUGAUGGGAUUGUGUGUGAUGCCUCUGCACGGAAAGAGCACAUUGGCAAGCCUUUUCUGCAGUUGAUUGGAGACAUAGAUUUCUGCAACAUCUAUAAAAAAACCACAGACAUCGCCAUGUUGGUCACCAUGUUCGGCUGGUUCGCCAUGGUGAUCUCAUAUUUAAUCUACUAUGUCCGGCAGAAUCAAGAGGAUGCCCGACGACACUUAGAGUAUCUCAAGUCCUUGCCCAGCAAGCAGAAGAAGUCAGAAGAGUCAUCUACAAUUAGCACUGUAGUGUGA